GACAGAAAACAACAGUCAUUCACCCUGAAGGGACUGUUUUCUGACUCAGCUGCAGCUAUGGGAAGAGCAGACCUACAUUAGAAGACUUGAGAACUGAUGCAAGUUUAUCAUCAACUCUGCAGCUGACUGAAGGGUUGGACUUGUGGCAAGCAGGAAGACUACUCCUGGAGAAGCACAGCAACCGGCUUUGUUGGAGCAUAUCAAGGAGACUGUUUUACGUAUCUGCUUUACAUAUCCAGGAACUACAUCAAUGAGGACACCCGGCAUGGCGGUAUUCAAGCACGAGAAUGUUGAGGAUUUUUAUGAACUUGGAGAAGUGCUGGGAAGUGGGCAGUUUGCAAUUGUCAAGCGCUGCACAGAGAAGAGCACUGGUAAUGCAUACGCAGCAAAGUUCAUCAAGAAGCGCCUGAGUCGGGUCAGCAGACGGGGUGUGAAAAAAGAGGAGAUUGAGAGGGAAGUGGGCAUCCUGCAGCAGCUCCAGCAUCCCAACAUUGUAGAGCUCCAUGAUGUUUACGAGAACCGCACAGAUGUGGUACUUAUCCUCGAACUGGUCUCCGGAGGAGAGCUGUUUGACUUCUUGGCUCAAAAGGAGAGUCUCAGUGAGGAAGAAGCCACUCAGUUUAUCAAGCAGGUCCUAGAUGGAGUGCAGCACCUCCACUCCAAGAAGAUUGCACAUUUUGAUCUAAAGCCUGAAAAUAUAAUGCUGCUGGACAAUAAUGCCACCUUACCCCGCAUCAAAUUAAUAGACUUUGGACUGGCGCACAAAAUACAAGAUGGGGCAGAUUUCAAAAACAUUUUUGGCACACCUGAAUUUGUUGCUCCAGAGAUAGUCAACUAUGAGCCACUGGGGUUGGAGGCAGACAUGUGGAGCAUUGGGGUCAUCACAUAUAUACUUCUGAGCGGUGCAUCUCCUUUCCUUGGUGACACAAAGCAGGAAACAUUAGCAAAUAUCUCAGCGGUGGACUACAAAUUUGAUGAAGAGUUCUUCAGCAAUACCAGUGAGCUGGCCAAGAACUUUAUCAGACAGCUCCUGGAAAAGGACACGAGAAAACGGAUGACCAUACAAGAUGCAUUGAAUCAUCCUUGGAUUAAGUCCUGUGGCCACACGGAGGAGGACAGCGCUGCCCCUGAGAAGAAAGAAAAGCAGUUGAAGACAAAGCGUCUUAAAGAGUACACUAUCCAGUCGCACUCCAGUAUGUCCCAGAACAACACAUACGCCAACUUUGACCGUUUUGCCCACGUGAUGGAAGACAUUGGAUUAAUGGAGACAGGAUUGUCUGAGGUGGCAGAGGCACACCACACCCUGCAGGGUGACAUAGAAGCCCUACUCUCCAUUUACAUUGACAAGGAGGCUUGGUACAAGGAGGAGAGUGAGACCGCAAAGAAACAGCUCUCGCAAGCCUGCCUUGAAAUACAUAAAGUGGAGGCCACCAGGAGGCUGUUGCAGGAAAACAUGAAGGCGAUAGAUGUGUGUCUGGAGAGCAUCAGCAAGAGGUACAACCACAGGCAGGACAAACUGGAUGCUUUGAGACAGGAGCUCCAGGAGGUGAUGGGAUCAUUGCAUCCUGAAGGAGCCAAUGGCAGUAGCCAUAGCAGUACUUUGAGUACACAUGUAAAGCAAACACUGGAGGAGCUGCUGCAUCACACUUGUGGAGGGGAACUCAGCCCCGAGGCUGAGCAGCCGCUCACAGAGUCCGGCUAACAAACUUUUAUUGUCCUGAAAAAUCAUCAAAAAGUCAACAUUUUUCUUUUUUGUCUGACCUGCCGACAUUUCAGCAACACAAACGUCUGAAUGUAUAACUGCACUCUUUAAAUUCUCCAAAUUGUAUUUCUUUCUUUCUUUGUCUUUUUUUUUUUUCUCUUGUGUAAAAAAGAAAAAAGAGAUUUUGUAUUUUUUCUUGUGGAGUUAGAGAUAAAAGAGAAGACUCUUAUCUCAGUUACCAUGUCUGCAUGAGUAAUAGUUAGCUUAGCACAAACCCUAUGAACAGCAGUAAAGCUAGUCUGGCUCUGUCUGAAGGUUAAACAAAUAUCUGCCUACUGGGAAGAAGCCACAGAGCAGACCCAAAACAUGCUGGAGAGAUUACAUCUCUCAGCUGGUUUGGAAUAUUUGUUAUCCAUCGAAAGAUCUGGAGAAAGUUGGGGGGGGAUCUGCUUAGACUGCUGCCCCCAGCACUGACAUAUCUUUUGUUGACUUUGGACAGAGUCAAGCUGCCUGUUUUCUCUAGUAGGCCUAAGCUAAGCUGAGCUUAACUUUCUUUCUGGAUCUGGCCUGCUAUUUGUUGAUCUUAACAGCUAAUGUGUUUAAGAUACAGAACUAGUCCUUUAACGGGGAUAGCUGAUUGAUACCUUAAACUACUUUUAUUAAUUCAUUUGUUCUUUGUUGAUUAAGCAUUUAAUAGUUUUCUUUUUGGUUUAACAAGUAAUACUAAGUAAACCAAAUUUACUGUGCCAAGGCAAAAAGUCAACACACAAACAAACAACAGUUCUCUCAGUGGGAUGCAAAACAAAUUCAAAUGUUUUUUUAUUGACUGAUUAGAUUUUUUUCUAUUCUGUUCUGUCUUUAAUUUUUUUUAACUGUAUGUUUAUGUUAUUUAACAACUUAUUUAAUAAUCCAUUUGUAAAUUAUAGUAUUUUAAAAGAAAGGAUUGUUUUUAUAGAUUUAAAUGUGCGCUGUUACUGAAGGUUAAUUUAUUUAUUUCAAAAUCUUUUGUUUCUAUCUUUGAGGUGUUUUGAGCUUAGCAUAAAAACAUCUAUGAUAAGAUCUUAUUUAUUGAUAAAGUUCUCACUUCCUGACCAGUGUUUCCUUAGCAUGUGAACACUCAGCACUCUUUUGUCUUUCCUUUCAAGUGUGCGCUGACAUUUUCCACUGUUGUCAACACUGAAAUAAAUACUAAUUAUAGAUUAUGCCUCCACUUUUCAAAUUCCUGUAAUUUAUGAUGUGACAUGUCUUUAUGGUGUUGCUGGUUAUACUGUCAAAAUUAGACAAGCACAUUAGCAUAAUGCAUUGGACAAGUGUUGACAUCAGAAAUACUUCUGCUUUCUCACAUCCCACUGUGUUU